AAUUAAUUUUUAUUUAUUUAUAAAUUUAUAAAAAAGGGAAAAUUAACAAGUAAAAUUUUAUGAACAAGAAAUAAAAGUAUCGAGGAAAAUGUGUUCGAUGUGUUUCUGCCCGACUUGUCCUGCGAUCCUGCCAUGCGGGACAGGUCCUUGCACAUACUCCUGUCCUGCUCCUCCUCCUUGCUGCCAGCCUUGCUGUCCACCGCCGUGCCCAUGCACACCUUGCCCGCCAUGCAACUGCAGGCCAGUGUUCAGGCAGUGCCCAGCUCCUGUCAUCCCAGAUCUGGUUCCUCCGAUUGUUCCGAUGUUGCCGUGCUGUAGGCCACGGCGAGCGCCACCAAAGGAUCCUCCUCCUCUACCACCGCCUCAACCUGUAUGCUGCCCGCCUAUGCUGCCUUGUUGCCCACCGCCAGAACCAUGUGACCCCCCACCGGUCCGUCCUUGCCCCGAGCCAACACCUUGCUACCAGCCAGUCUUGCCCUGCUGCAAUCCGCAGUGUCCACCGCCUAUUCUCCCGAAACAAAGGCCGAUAUGCCCUCGAGCGCCACCUUGUCCUUAUCCCUGUCUCCCAGUCUGUCGAAGCGAUUGUCCCGAUUGUGAAAUGGAUCCGGUGACUCGAAGACGACCACUGAUCGUGUAUGACAGCGUCUUCGCGAAGAGACCAUCGGGAAGACCUGUAGAGUGCUUUACGAGACGCAAUCCCAACGUUCGAUACACUGUCGCUAAUUACGUAAGACAGGGCCCCCAGUCUGGUUGCUGUCAUCAUGUGGAUGUUCCACUAAGGUAGCAAAAUUACUAAUUGGGUCAAGUUUAGGUGUUGUCUUGUGCAGGAACAUUACUUGGUACUUUGUUUAAAGUAGCGUAAAGCAAUGUGAUUUGUGUAUGCAUCUUUGUGUAAAUUAUUUUUACGC